AUGACAGAGAUAGAAAUAGCCAUCGUCGAUAAUGAUAUUUACGAAGAGGACGAGCAGUUUUUGGUCCGACUGUCACAGGUCCGCGCCCAUUCACCGUCACAGUUCACACCCAUUCCCGUUCGUCUUGGAGCAGCUUCCACCGCCACGGUACUCAUAGUUGACGAUGACCAUGCUGGAGCAUUCGGUUUUGCUUCAGAGAAGUUCAAAGUAGUGGAAAGCGCAGGAGAAUUUGUCGCCGAGAUUAUUCGAACCCGUGGAGCUCGUGGUGAGGUGUCAAUUCCAUACAAGACAGUGGACGGACAAGCAAAAGCCGGUGCCGAUUAUGAGCAUCAGGAAGGCAUGAUCCGUUUUGAGGACGAACAGAUCAAGGCUGAGAUUCACAUACCGAUUGUCAACGACGAUGAAUACGAGAAAAGUGAGGAAUUCUUCAUCGAGCUAGGCGAGCCGGUUUGGCAUCGGGAAAUCGAAGAUGGGGAGGAAGGACUAGAGGGUCGACCAGUGUUAUCGCUGAGUCGCUGCAAGGUGGUGAUCACCGAAGACAAGGAGUUCAAGAAUUUCGUCGAUAGAAUGCUCACCAACGCAAACACAUCAAUCAUGGUAGGCACAAGCAGUUGGAAGCAGCAAUUCAACGAGGCCAUCACCAUCGAAGAAGACGAAGAUGGCAAUAUCACACUGAAGGAGAAGAUUAUGCAUUAUGUUUCUCUUCCAUGGAAAGUUCUAUUUGCUUUGAUACCACCAACUGACUACUACAACGGCUGGCUGUGCUUCUUUUUUGCCAUCGUUAUGAUUGGUCUACUAACAGCGGUCAUCGGCGAUUUAGCAUCACAUUUCGGCUGCACGGUAGGAAUGAAGGACGCAGUGACAGCUAUCUCACUCGUCGCAAUGGGAACCAGUACACAUUUGCGUCGAAGACGGCGGCCAUACAGGACAGCUGGGCUGACAGCUCUAUUGGCAAUGUCAACGGGUUCCAAUGCUGUCAACGUGUUCCUGGGUAUUGGAAUUGCGUGGGCGAUCGCAGCCUGCGUCCAUGCGUGGAAUGGCACCAGAUUUAUGGUACAAACCGGUUCGUUGGCGUUUUCGGUGACAAUGUUCAUCAUUGGCUCCGUCAUCUGUAUCGCUGUACUACAAUAUCGACGGUUUAGCAAGACAAUCGCAGGCGAACUGGGUGGUCCUGUACGGCUCAAGUACAUCAGCUCAGCGGUAUUCGUACUCGUCUGGAUCGCAUAUCUCACACUCAGCACACUAGAAGCUUACUGCAUAAUUCCUGGAUUUUGA